AUGCAAAGCCGCCGGCCUAAGCUAGUUUCGACGACUUUUCUUAGAUAUUGCCAAAACGCUGAACAAGGCGACAUCCGCAUAUCGAAGAAGGUCACACUAGGCGUUAAACCCGUCUGCUCAUUCAAACUGGACGCGCAAAGAAAUUCAGUACAGAGUGCCAGUAUCAUCGAGAGUUCUUACGAAUAUGUCAUGAAUCUGGGGAAGAACUUCGCGCCCGGUUUCAUGUCCAUUCUGGACUGCUUCAGCGGGGAGGACGCCUGGGGUUGCGCUAAGGAAAAGGCGGGGAAGAUGCUCGACGGCUGGGACAAGGAAGUGGACAAGCAGAGGAAGCUGUGGAGAGAUGCUGCAGACGCGGAGAUCACAUCCUCCGGAAGGUCUCUCGAAGAGAUGCCGUCGGUCCUCGGAAAGGAGAUAGAGGAGUCUCUCCUUUCUCUUUCCGACUUGGUGCAGAAUGGCAUGGCGCGCGCCUUAGCUAGAAAGAAGCACGAGGGUGGUCUGGACAGCAUCACGAUAACAGCGUCAUCGGAGAAAAAGAAGAAAAUGAAAAAGAAGCAGAAGCCACCCAAGAUCCACUUCCAUCCGAUUCUGAUGCCAACGAAGCAAGUCGAGGAGAAAGGUCAAUUGGUAGAGACAGAUGGCAGAGGAUUCAUGGGGGACGUUUGGAAGAUCGGAGAGGGAGCAAUAGACGCUGUAGCUGAUCACGUAUUGGAAAAGGAGAAUGUGGAGAACGGAUUGGCUGAUAGAAGCACUGUAGAAGAACAAAGAGGUAAAAAGAAGAAGAAGAAGAAGGCUAUUCUGAAGCUGCUGCUUCUUGGGGCAGUACUGAAGGCGAAGAUCGGAACUCUACUUCAAAUUCUGUCUUUCAAGUUACAAGUGAAAUUCUUCAUAAUCGCCUUAAUCGGUCUGGCCAUCAAUUUGGCCAGAUUCUGGGUGGAACUGAAGCAUAAACACCAACAGCAGCCACAAAAGGUGAUUUACUACGAACACGCUCAACACCAACACCAUUAUGAGCACGAAGAAGAGCCAGGGUGGGGGCCGUGGGGCAGAAGCGGAUUACCCGAAGAAACAGAAGAAUUAGAAGAUAUCUCUCCCUACAGAGCGCAAGAAAAGACACAGAUGUACCCGACGAAGCCACUCCUAACUUUGUCUUAG